UUCACAAGUUCAACACAAUUUCUCUUCGUUUUCUUCUUCUUGUCCAGAUUCAUGGAGUCUCCAAAUCUCUACUGCGAUGAGUCUUUUGAACCGAUAGAUUCUCCUAUUGACCUCUCGUCUAAAGAAGUCACGGAUGCUACUGCUGGUGGUGAAGUCCUUGAAGAUAAAGAUAGGUUUGUUGCACCGAUAGAUCCUAUUGACCUCUCGUGUAAAAAGGUUAAAGAUGCUGCUGCUGGUGAACAUGAAAAUGUUCUUGAAGAUAAAGAAAAGGUUCUUUCACUGAUAUUGACCUCUCGUGUGAAGAAGUUAUAGAUGAUGCUGUUGGUAAACAUGAAAUAGUUCUUGAAGAUGAAGAUGGGGUUUUCGAAGCGCUACCAAUUUUGAAUCAUCCGGCCUAUGCUGUCCAUCCUGAAAUUUCACAAUUGGACGAAGACAAUUUCUUCGAAAUGAAGCUUCGUAAUGAGAUGGAAGAUCAUGUAAAAGACCGCAUUAUUUCUGAUCCCAGGAUGAUGGUUGAACAUGUUUUCCAGUUGGGAGAAAAAUUGAAAUUACAGAAGGAGAAUGUCUACAUUGCUGUUCAACUCGUUAAUAAGUCACUUCUUGUUGGUCCAGUCAGAGUAAGUUUAAGCAAUUACCGAAAUCACCUUUUCAAUUUUAUAUUUGUUGAAGGAAUCAUCACCAUUUGUAUUCAACAGACCAGUCGACAUCUAAAAGAGAGAGAAGUGAAGAUUCUACAGACAAGUCUACGUCUAAAAGAGUGAAAACUGAUGGGUGAAUCAUUGUAGUUCUAUCUGGCUACAUAGUUUUGUUUCUGAAUUCACUUGCUUGCCAUCCACAAGUAUAAUCUCUUGUAAAGUUCCACAGGUAUACAACCACUAAUAAUACUCAUAUUCUCGUGCAGAGUUUCACAUGUAUAAAACCACUAAUAAUACUCAUUUUUGUUAUUAGAGUUGUUUGACAUUUGCUUUGCUAUAUCUCUGUUUUCAAUUUGUUGGAAA